GCCCCUGCUCCUCUUGAGUGAGACCAUGGCUAACUACUCCUCUUUGCUUAGCUUCUUCGUCCUCCUCCUCUGCGCCUGCAAUGGAGUCAGUGCAAGCCUGUCAAAAACUCACUACCAUUCAACCUGUCCUCUAGCCUUUUCUGUCAUUAAAAACGUCGUGGUAGAAGCUGUCAAGAAGGAAGCCCGGAUGGGAGCGUCCCUGCUUCGCCUUCACUUCCACGACUGCUUCGUGAAUGGUUGCGAUGCAUCAGUUCUAUUGGACGACGUCGCGGGCAAAAUAAAGGGGGAGAAAACGGCGCCGCCGAAUGAUAUGUCGCUGAGGGGGUUCGACGUGGUGGACACAAUCAAGGCUAACGUGGAGAAGGUGUGUCCGGGUGUGGUGUCGUGCGCCGACAUUCUCGCCGUCGCAGCACGCGACUCCGUCGUGGCCUUGGGGGGGCCUACGUGGGAUGUAAGAGUGGGAAGAAGAGAUUCAACCAAUGCCAGCUACGAUGGCGCCAUUGCUAACCUUCCUGAUCCGAACUCAAGCAUCAGCACUCUGAUCGAAAAAUUUCGCAACCAAAAGCUCACCAGAGUGGAUCUUGUAGCUUUAUCAGGAGCACAUACAAUUGGUCUAGCAAGAUGCGUACGGUUCCGAGAACGCUUAUACAAUGACUCAGACAUAGACCCUUCCUUCAAGCAAUCUCUGGAAGCAGGGUGCCCUUUGAGUGGGAACGACAACAAGGAUUUCCCUCUAGAUGUUGCUACACCAACUCUGUUUGAUAACCAGUACUACAAGAACUUACAGCAAGAGAAGGGACUUCUUCACUCAGAUCAGGUCCUCUUAAAUUCAAGCAUUACCUCCCAUUUUGUGAACAGAUACACCUCUAGUAGCACAAGGUUCUUCAGAGCGUUUGCGAAGGCAAUGAUCAAGAUGGGUAAUGUCAGCCCUCUCACCGGAAAGAAGGGGGAGAUCAGACUAAACUGCAGGAAAGUGAACGGGUGAUCAUCUCCAUGGAUGCAAGUUUUCUCCCCCUAUGAUGUAAAAGCGUUGUGUAUUAAAUAAAAGAAAUCUCAGCUUGCGGUUGUGAAAGUGAAAUGACUUAUGGUAGCAUGUGAUCUUGCCAUUCACACGUCCAACUCCAAAGAAGUAUUUGAGUUUUUCUA